AUGGCGUUUUCUGGGACAAAUGUCAGUUUGUCCCAGCCGGAUAUAACGCAAAAACUGACGGAGCGCAUAGAUGAUCUGAAGCAGAGAAUCGCUGCUUGGGGAAAGCGGAUUCGGCGAUAUACCGAGAGGUCGACACGGUUCAACCAGAAUCGUCUCUUCCAGAGUGAUCAGAAGAGGCUCUAUGAAUCAUUGGAGCGACCAAUGGUAAGUGGAACGGGUCCAGCACCGAAUCAGGCCGACACUGUAGCAUUCUGGCGCGGCCUGUGGUCAGAGCCCGUAAACCACAGCGAGGGCCCUUGGACGGAAGUUGUGGCGAGUCAGUGUGCGGGUAUUACGCCCAUGGACCCCGUCAUCAUAACGCCGGAUGACGUAGCUGAGGCGGUCCGUAGGGCCCCGAACUGGAAAAGUCCGGGGCUUGACGGGCUGCAUCACUACUGGCUGAAGGGGUUCAUGGUGUGUCACUCUGUGCUUGCCCGACAGUUUCAAGAGGCUCUCAACCAGAAGUCGCUCCCAAGCCUCUUCACUACUGGGAUCACUCAUUUGGUUCCUAAAGACCAGGAAUACGAAGCAGCGCUACCUGUUCCAGUCAUCAACUUACCUCAAUUACGUUCAACUUCCAAUGUAACAAGUACACGCGUCAUUAACAUGAAUGAUGUCAACUUGGACGAAGUGAAGUAUAUGUCAAAUGCUUUAAAACACAGUGAAAUCUAUUACACAGACUCAAGUGCCUUCAAAAGAGAAAAAGACUAA